GCAGCCGCUCUAGCCCUGACUCGUUGCUCCUCUGGCGGCUCGGCGCCACCCUCGGCGGACUCCCCGGCGCGGCGGGAUGGAGCCGCUGUUGGGCUGGCAGUUCGAGGACUCCCUCUUCACCCCGAGCCGGGAGCGGGGCCCGGGCGGUGGGGCUCGGCCGCACUACGGCGCGAAGCACUGCGAGCCCCGCUGGUUCCAGCGGGAGGCGGGCGCGGACGGGGAAGACGCCGAUGCGCUGACGGGCAUCAAGUUCCGGGCGGACUGGGCCUACCGGCGGCGGCACUUUGAGAAAGCCCUGUGUGAAUACUCGAAGUGCUUACUGCUCUUACCUCCCAGUAACAUUGCCAUGAGACGGGAUGUCCAGGAAGGCCAGGCUCGCUGUUUGUCUCACUUAGGAAGGCACAAGGAGGCUCUGGAUAUUGCAGAAGAAAUGCAAAAAGGUGCUACUAACACAGAUCACUUGACCGUGGUUCUCAACCUGCAGCUUGCCAUUUACCAGGGCCUGGAGAACACAGACAAAAAGAUCACGUGUCUGCAGCAACUCAUCUGCUUACAUCCUUUCAACCCUCAAUACUGGAAGUUACUUGCUGAAGCUUAUAUGAGCCUUUUAGAGUUAGUCAUUCCAGAAACAAAUCUAAAUCAGUCUGAAGAUGUUGGUGUAAGGGACAGUAGUUUCAAAACAUCAGCUGCAACAGAGAUUAAUUUGCAGCCUUGCAGAUCAGAUAGCCAGAAAGAAGGCCCUCGGUGCAGCCUGGCUACAGAAACAAAGAGGGAGAAUGCAGUGACUUGUAAUGGCAGCCGAGCUGCUGAAUUCCCCAGCCAUUUGGAAGAGCUGGAAAGGACGGACCAAGGGGAAUGUGCAACCUCCGAGUCCUGGGAGCAGAACAUGCCAGAGAAAGUUGGGAUAAAGGCAUGUGCCUCGUUUAUUAGAGCAAGGCUUUUACUCCAGCUUACCCAGUCACAACAGUCAUCCUUUGCACUAGAGAGGAACAUUAAAGGUCAAAAAGAGAUUGAUGGCAAAGUGGCACGACUUGGUUUCAGUGAAAAUUCCUUGCUUUUGAUGAUCAAGGUUAUGGGACGGGAUCUUACACCAGAAAAAGAGGAAUUUCAGGGUGAGGUGAAAUGCAUGGGCCCUUCAGUGCUGUCAUCACUGGUAACUGCAUCAGCCACUGAAUUUGAAAUCAAUUGGUUUGGUAACCUCCAAGAUGACUUAUGUCACUUUGACAGACAGUUCUGUUCAGAUACACAUCUCCCACCUUUGGUAACUUAAUGGUUUUGUUGUAUUUAUUCUCAUCUCUCAAAAUGAUGAGGGAGUGAUACAUGCAAUAAAGUUCAUACUACAUUUUGUAAGAA